AUGGAGUCAUUAAGCGACACCCUUUGGGAUAUCGUAAUCUGCGGCACUGGACUGCAGCAGUCGCUGCUUGCAUUGGCCCUCUCGCGGUCUGGAAAGAAAAUCUUGCAUAUAGAUCCAAAUGAGUUCUAUGGGAGCGCCGAGGCAGCCUUCAGUCUACAGGAUGCCGAGUCGUGGGCACAUCGGGUAUCAACGGGCAGCGGUGGCCUAUUCGCAUUCGCGUCUAUCACAAAACCUGAGGGCGCCGUUGACUUGUCCUCGUCCCGGGCGUACUCGCUGGCUCUUGCACCCAAGCUGAUCCAUGCUCGCUCGACUCUCUUGUCGCGGCUGGUGUCCUCGCGCGCCUACCGCCAAGUUGAAUUCCUUGCAGUGGGAUCAUUUUACAUAUUCAGGCCUCCGCAGGAUACCCAAAAUCCUACUCUGGUCCGAAUUCCAUCUACCCGCGAGGAAGUGUUCUCGACAACCGACGUCUCCUCCAAGGCGAAGCGUCAACUCAUGAAGUUCCUCAAGUUCGUCCUGGAUUCGGAGGCCUCACCACAGCUCGAAACCUGGCAGCCGUACGCUGACACGCCGCUGACCGGCUUCUUGCAGCAGGAAUUCAACAUGGACGCGGAACUGCAGAUGUACAUCAUCACCUUCACUCUUUCACUGGAAGGGAAUAUCAGCACCAAAGACGGGUUGGCCGUGAUCCGUCGCCAUCUCUCGUCGAUGGGCCUCUAUGGUCCAGGCUUUGCUGCCAUUUAUCCCAAGUGGGGUGGCCUUUCAGAGAUUACCCAGAUUUCGUGUCGUGCCGGCGCCGUUGGUGGGGCCGUGUACAUGCUUGGGACCGGAAUCAAGGAGAUGGAAACCGUUGAGAAUGAAGUCAAGCUUCAGCUCACAAGCGGCGACACCGUGAGAACACGGAUGCUGGUGCGCGCCAGUGAUUCCGCAAGCGGUCAGACUGGUAUCAACAGGCUGGUGGCCGUGAUCAGCUCGCCGCUGAGCUCGAUGUUUCAAUCCAUUGUUGAAGGAGCGCCCAGACCUGCCGUCGCCGUUAUCGCGUUUCCAGCCGGUUCGCUGUCAACCCCAGCUGGCAGGGCAUCUGAGCACCCAGUUUAUUUGUCUGCUCACUCCAGCGAUACCGGGGAAUGCCCCGUUGGUCAGAGUGUACUUUAUCUUACCACUCUCUCAACACCUGAUGCAAAGGCAGUCUUGGAGCGUGCGCUGGACAUCUUCAUCUGUCCCACGAGCGGAGACGAAGCUCCUCAGGUCCUGUACCAACUCCAGUAUGAGCAGCGGACCGGCCCCGACACCUUUGAAGUCGAUGGGCCAAUCUUUACCUUCCCCGCUCCGUCUCCUUCUCUUUCCUUCGACGACUCAACAUUGGUCCCAGUUCGCGAGGCGUGGAAAAGGGUCAUGGGCGACGCUGCCGUCUAUGCAGAGUAUCUGGUCUUUGAUGACCGAGACGUUGCCUUGGAUGAUAAUGAUGUUUACGAUACAUGGUGA